UUAGUGAUGACGUCAAGGCUGGAAAUCAGCUUUCAGAGAUUGUUGUCGAGCACGGAAACGCUCGCUGUUGACCAGAACAAUCUUAAAGGAUUGCGAUUUCGUCGAUUAGAGACGUACGUCGGUGAGCUACAGAAUAAAUUGACAGAAUUGCAGAAAGCUAAGACAUGUGAAAAUGACGUCAUAGCCGGAUAUUCAAAGAGACUUUCGUUCCUAGCGAAUCUUAUUGAUUCAGAAAGUCAAUCAGAGGUAUCUCGUCUCUCCAAUGGGUUUGAUCAUAGCAGUCCAUCGGUCCCAUCGUCAAUCAGGCAGAGGAUUGUUCACCAGAAGAGUAUAUCUUCUGCUAAUGCGUCACCGGCAAGCAGUUAUGUGUUGAAACAGUCUACACCAGGAAGUGCCAAGGAGACGGAGAUUAAACUGAAAGUUACAUCUCGACGUGAAAAGGAUGUACGAAAGGAGUUGUUUAGAAUGGAAGAUGAAGAAAACAAACUACAUGAUGAGCAAAGAAAACCAGGCACACUUAGAGAGGAAGAAGAUGUCGAAGUGAUAAUAAAAAGGCACAACGAAAUGCAAGAACAGCUAGCUGAAGACAUGAUCCGCAUAGCAAGGAACAUGAAAGAGCACCAGUUGGCCGCAAAGAAAAUCAUAACAGACGACAACGAGAAACUGACCGAAUCGAGCAAUUUAGCCGACAGAAAUUACGAUCGAUUGAAGACAGAAACAGAACGAGUGCAAGAGCACACGAGACGGUCAUGCUCAUGUUGGAUAUGGCUCAUGGUCAUCGUCGUCUGCAUAGUCUUCAUAUGGAUGAUCCUAUUCAUACGCAUCGUUCCAAAGAGAUGACAACAGAAACCUCUAUACUAUACAAUAGCAGACUAGAACAUUGCAAUGCAGGUUUGUAUAUUUGAAGAUAGUCUGCCGCCUGUUGUUAGUCCAAUGACGUGAAAUUGAAGAAAGGUGCAUGACAUAUUGCCAUCAUUACUGCAUGUGUGUCUGCAC